AUGAACUUGGAGUUGUUGGAUCCAUUUCGUAAGCAGAUUCCAGAUCGUGUGGAUGCCACACUGAGCAUGCCUGCCUAUUUCCACAACAAGACAGCUACUAGCCCCACGGAUCCCUCUGCUUCUAGCACUACUACUAGUGCUAGCAAACAACAACCACUGGAUGACGAUGAUGACGAUUGGAAAGCAGCCUAUCACGUGGCGUACAAUCGCCGUGGAAGAUUCAUGGCGGUGGGAUAUGGGAGUGGUUUGGUGGGUGUCUAUGACUGCAUCAGUCGCAAUCUGGCGGCGACCUAUCAUUUGGAUGCUACCACUCCGACUCACGUGGGAGAUUCUCAUAUCACACCCAAGAAGCAAAAGGAAACGCCUCAUAUCUUUGGCGUGACGAGUCUUUCCUGGUCUCGUCGGUCCAGGACGUUGCUGGCUGGUGCCAUGGGAGAUUCUCUGGUCCGACUCUACGACACUACACAUCCCCACGGACCCGAAGAGUGCACUACCAAUCUAGUGGCGGCAGGAGAUCAUUUUUUGAAUUCCAACAACAAUGCCAACAAGGAUGAUGAUGACGAUGAAAAAACAGCCAGUACCACCAAACCAUCUCUCUCGGGAAGCCAUCAUGGCACCAAUCCAAGAGCAUCCCCGUCCAAUCCUUUUGCUCUCUUGGGAUCGGGAGAUCGACCCAGUGUUCGACGAUCUAGUUUUUCCAAUCUAGAAUUCCACCGCAACAAUAGCACGUUAGCCGUCCCCAUGGAUACCACAUCCUCCUCUCCCUAUUUUCCACAAUCUAGCACACAUACACCCUUGCAACAAGAUUAUUCCAACAAUCAGUACUAUGCCAAGGAACCUAGAGUACUGGCCACCGAAUCGGACCACUACAGCCCUAUUGACCCCAACACCACCAACAACAACAAUAACAAUCCACCACCCGAUGCCACCAAGUACUAUCCUGGAAUAUUCUUUCGAUUGCCACAACCCGUUGGGGGGUCCCUCGAAAUCAAUCCACGACAUGUCACUGGUGGAUUGGCCGUCUUGGCGGAUGGAUCCUUGAUUCUCUUUUGGGUCCCUCUCUCGGCAUUGUGGCAAGACGGCACGCCCAAAGUCCGACUGGCCAAGCUCGAUACCAAACAAAACACCAUCACCUGUGCAUCCUUUGAUCCACAAGGACAGCGUGUCUAUGCAUCGACCAAACAGGGAGCACUGCUGGGAUUUCAUGUCGAGCGACUCUUUCAACAACUCAUGGCACCCACACUGCCAUCGACCUCCUUGAAACCACUGCCCCCCAAGUUCACCAUUCGCAUUCCCGGUGGAGCGGCAGUCUGGCAUUUGCUCCUGAGUCGCAAUGGCCAAUACAUUGUGCUCAAUUGUGCCGAUGGUGCUCUGCGAUUGUACACCACCAAGGAAUGCUGGGAACAACAACAACAACAACAACAACAACAAGAAGAAUCGUCGUUGGAGGAAGGUAUCAAACCCACACAAGUUUUUUCCGAUUUGAUCAAUAAACAAGUCAAAUUUGCCUCCUGUGCACUAUCGGGCGAUGGCGAGUACAUUGUCGGUGGAGCCAAUGAAGUGCGCGAUGAUCGAUACGAACUGUACGUUUGGACCACUGCCACGGGAGGCCUCGAGGAAAAAUUGACCGGUGCCGCGGUACAACUCUACAGUGUGGCAUGGCAUCCGACACGAUCCCUCUUGUCCGUGGCCACAUCGGAUGGACUCGUUGAUGUGUGGGCGCCCAAGGUCAAUUGGACUGCCUUUGCACCCGAUUUCCAGGCAUUGCCCAUGAAUGUCGAAUACGUCGAACGAGAAGAUGAAUUUGAUCUGGAUGAACACGGCAAUAAGUUUCCACAAGAUAAGAAUGGUGAUCCCAGUGUGGUCCAUGACGAUGACGAAAGUGCCGUGGUGGAUGUCGUGACGAUUGAACCCGUGCCGGUGUUUGCGUCCGAUUCCGAAGACGAACAAGAUGUCUUUUACUUUGAAACCAAAUUUGCCAAUACCAUUGGCAAUCGAGGACGACAUGCCAAUGUGGAUGCAUAGCAGAGCUGCUACGGCACUUGCCGUACUUUGUUGGGGUUGCUAACUCAAGCAUCUAUCUGUGGGGAUUCAAAAUGUAGUUGUUGAUGGGUACUGGCGAGACAAACAAUCGAAUCAUGCCAAUCUGAAAAGCUCAAGAGAAGGAUGCUAACGUUGUUGCGCCCACACAACAGCAAACGUGCGUCUACUGCACGAAGCCCUAGAAGGUAUUACACUAGAAUUUCUUUCAACCCUUUAACAAAACUGUGACAAUACAUUUGAACCUGCAUGGGCAACCAUGGAAAUUUCGUCCAGUCCAGUUUCAAUUACCCACUCUUCAACUUGUGUGUGGUCAGACAUCUUAGCCCAUUCCAGUGUCUGUUCAAUAUCCCACGGGCAGCCAUUAGCAUGAGCCCACUUCAGUAUUUCCAAGUGACCAUUUCCAGCAGCAUGAGAACAUGUAAGCUGAUCCCAUGGGCAUCCGUGCUCACGAGCCCAUUGCAGAACUUCCAGGUGCCCACCAGCAGCAGCUUGGUUGCAUGUUUCCUCUUC